UGCCUUAGACUCUCUUUUGUCUAUUUAGUUAAUGUUAAUUCAGAAUUACUGCUACAGUAUAUAUUUAUUUAGCAUAACAAAAUAAUGGAUGUCGCCAUUUUGAUGAGUAGUUUGUUCCUGGCAAUAUUUGUUCCACUAAACGUUGAAGCGUCCGAUUUUCUAUACCAUUCACCCAUGGAGGCGACUCAUAAACAGCAAUGGGUCGAUUCUCAUAACUAUUACCGCCGGAAUGUUAGCAAUCCUGCAGCCGCAAAUAUGAGACUGAUGACCUGGGAUGACGAACUUGCAGCCUUUGCUGAAGAUGUAGUGAAAACAUGCAAUGUCCAGCAUACUGUUUCCAGUGAUCUAAGAACAAGCGUUUUUUCAUACAUCGGGGAAAAUCUUUAUGCUGGAGAAGCAUAUUAUUUUAAUGAAAUGAUGGGAAAAAACGGAAUAGUGAAACUUUGGUAUGACGAGAUCAAGUACUAUAACUAUGUAACCGCUAGUUGUCAGUCUGGACAACAAUGUGGGCAUUACACUCAAAUCGUUUGGGCAGAAACAUACAAGGUUGGAUGUGCGAUAGGAAAAUGCAAAAACAUCGGAGGCGGAUAUGGAUCCAGCCUUGUCAGUUGCAAUUAUGGACCUGGUGGCAAUAAAGUAUUGGCAGGCGGCAGUGCUUUCAAACCAUACAUCAAAGGCACACCAUGUAGCCAAUGUGAGACAGGGGAUCUGUGUAUAGAUCAACUAUGCAAUAAUACAGCUAGAGAUGUUCCUUUCACAAUUGCGCCAACAAGUGCAGAAAAUAUCGUCACUACUGGUAAACUAGGUGAUACAACCCACGAUGGUAUAACUGCAAUUUACUCGACAACACAAUUGAUUGAGACGGUUCCAACUUCAAAUACUACAAUGGUGACUAGCACGGAAGGAAACAAUGGAACGGCAACUUCAUCUUCCGAUCGCGUUCAAGCCUCCCAGACUAGAAUUCUGAUGAUAUACUUGUUUCUCGCCGCCUGUUUCAGCAAAAUGUUUUAUCCUUAAACUUUACUGUUCCUUGCAUUUUUGAGAUGUUUCACAUGCAGUCUUCCAUUUUGUAUGCCUUAUGCCUGUUUAAGCUGCUGCUAGCUAGCUAGACAAUUUUCACUCCCAGAAAUGUUUUUCUUCACCUUACUAUUGAAAAAAAUAUUUUACGUUAUUUUUCAGAGCUUUUGCUAAUACCAGGCUGUUGAUCUCAAACCGUAUAAAUAUACGUGAUUUCAUUUAUUAAAGUGAAGCUUUUGCUGAAAUUGCUUCUCGUGAACUGUAAAGAGCUUGUAACAAACAUCGUCUAAUCUAAAACAAAAAUCAAACUUUUAUUUUUAGUUGCUAAUAUAAAAAUUGAGAAUAAUAUAAUUACUAAUAUUGUAAUAUGUUCAGCUUUUUAAAACUUUAGCAUUAUUUUGCCUAUUACUCAAUUUUACAACGGCCUCGCCAAUUUGUGCUGCUGGUUGUAAAUUUCCACGACCUUUGACCCCAGAGAGUUUUUUCAUUUACCUUACUAUUGCAAAAAAAUUUACUCCUUUUUUGUAGUGCUUUUUUAGGUUUGAAAGUAUCGAUAUCAAAUAUCGAGCUAUUUCAUUGCAGCAGUUUUUUUUUUCAUUUUGUAUAUGUUCUUAUAUCGUAUGAGCAUACCUGACUUUCAUUUAUUGAGGUGAAGCCUCUGCUGGAAUUGCUUUUUGUGAACUGUAAAAAACAUCGUCUUAAGACAAAAUUUAAACAUUUAUUUUUAGUUUCUAAUAUAAAAACUGACUACGAUAUAAAUACUAAUAUCGUAAUAUGUUGAGCUUUUCAGGACUUUACCUAAUUUUACAACGGCCACACCGAUUUGUGCUGCUUGUUGUAAAUUUCCAUGACCCUUGACCCCAAGAAGGUUUUCCCUUAACCUUACUAUUGCAAAAAAAUUACGCAGCUUUUGGAGUGCUUUUUCGAGAUUGAAAGUACCGAUAGAUGAUAUCGAACUAGUCUAUCUCAGCACUUUCACUUUUUAAUUGUGUAUGCUUGUCGUUGAUGAAAAUCUUGUUUAUCGUCCCCUAUUUCAACAAAUUAUUUCCUUGAUCUAUAUUGUUCCCUGUAUUGUUGAAACGUUUUAUUUGCAGUCUACUAUUCUGUGCGCUUGCGGUCACGCCUGUUCAAGCUGCUGCUCAUAGACAAUUUGUAGACAAUACGAUUACUAAUAUUGUAAUAAGUUGAACUUGAAAUACUUUAAAACUUUAGCGCUAAUUUCCACGACCCUUGACCCCAGGAAGGUUUCCCUUUACCUGACCCUUGCAAAAAAAUACGCUACUUUUGGAGUGCUUUCGCGAGUUUCAAAGUACCGAUAGAUGAUACCGAACUAGUCACAGCAUUUUAUCUUCUUCUUUAUGCUUUUAUACCGUAAAAGGACAUGUUGCCUAAUUGCCUUGUUUUUUAAAAAGCAACACCUUCCUUUGUUGGGGUAAAAGCAUUUGCAUAAAACUGUGAAGAGCUUUUAAAAAGCAUCGUCUAAGACGAAAUUUUUAUUUAAAUUUUUAUUAUAUAAAUUAAUCAUAAUAUAACUGCUAUAAUUGUAACGUGUUGAUUGAUGUAUCUAUAUUUAAUGAUUUAUUGAUAAUUCGCCGAGUCAGGCCCCGCCCACAACUGCAACGUCUAUUUGUGCUUUUUGUAGGCGAAUUCCGCGAGCUUCGGCCUCCGAAAAAUUUUCUCUAUACCCUACCACUGUAUAAUUAUAAUAUAACUGCUAGUAUUGUAACAUGUUGAUUGAUUUUUUUUAUAUUCAAUAAUUAGUUGCUAAUUCGCCAAGUUUGGCCCCGCCCAUUGGUGGGAUUCAAAUGAUUUGUCAGCCAGUUCCAUCACAAAAGUCAUAUUUUUCGGCCGGUUCUGUUACAAAAAGACAUAUCUUUUUAGCAAAUAAACUGAUCAUUUUUAUUUAAUACCUAACUAACAUUUCAAAAUAAUGGUUAAGCAUCAUAAUGUCAAAAUUACCAUCAAAAUGUUUGAUGAUGUUGGGGAUUGUCUACAUUGCUGCUCGUUGAUAAUGAACCUAAAACCUGAAGGUAAACAUUUUGAAAAAAAAACACAUUAGCUACUGGAUCUUAAAAAUCGGUGUGUCAGAUAAGGUGCAAAAAUCCAUUGACAGUAUCCAGUAAUGCUAACCGGUUUGAUGAUCUCAUAAAAUUCCGUGAGACGGUUCUAUAGAACCGGUGCGAACCGGCUGAAUCCCACCAUUGGCCUCGCCCACAACUGCAACGUCUAUUUGUGCUUCUUGUAGACGAAUUGCGCGACCCUUGGCUCCAGGAAAGUUUUCUCUAUUAUAGCUUGUCAUUGUAAAAUGUUUAUUCUAUUUUGAGUGUUUUUGUGAAUUUGCGUUUACCAACAUGGUUUACAUGUUCGUAACCAUCAUUUUGAUUCCUAAUAUUUACCAAUUUAAAUGUCACUCAAAAUCACUGAUGGCUAGUUUAUCGCAUGUUUUUCGAAACUAACUCGUGAUUACCGCAACUCAAGUAAGUUUUUCAGAAGACAGAAUAUUCAUGGAGUUGUUUGAUUUAUACCUAAAAUUCAAAGCACCGCUUAAAAAUUGACCAAUAAUUAGUAAAACAACAAAAACGGGCCAAUGUUUAAACAAUGUCUGAGCGACUUAUAGAAUUUCCAUCGGUACGUCACCAUUGACAUCUUGCUUAUUGGCUAAGGUUAAGGAACUGGUAAGAAAGUUGAUACUUAGGGAAGUCAUCCUUUGGUUCCAACAUUCUCGUUGAUAAUACAGACAAUCCAAGUCUUUAAAAUGGUAUCAAUAUGACAGGUCUUAUCCCGGGAAUUAAGAAUGCCGAUGCGGCAUUAAUUCUAUCUUUGUGAUCAUAUUUAAAAUUGUAA